AUGCACAGCAGCCCGUCAGGGCAAAGUACCUGCACUCUCCCCGCCGAGGCUGGCUGUCAGCGCCGCGCGCGAGGGGAGGAGGCUCGAGAGGAGGAGGAGGAGAAAGAGGAGCGGGAGGGCUCCGGCUGGGAGGGGAGCGCACGGUGGGGGAGGCCGGUGAGCGGUUCCCGGCUCCCGGGAGAAGCAGCCGAGACGGCGAGGAGGCGGCGAGGCUCUGUCAGGGCGAGGCGCUGCCCCACGCGCUUCGGCCGCCGGGUGCGGGCGCGACUGGGCGGGGUGCCGAGGCGGCCGCUCCCGCACUCGCUAGCUCGCUCGCUGGCGCGCCCUCCUUGUCUCGCUAGCACACACAGGCACACACCCCACGUCUCCAGCAGCUGCCGCUGGGCCGCACGCACUCACCUGCAUUUCCUUAACGAGCCACUUGAUGGCUGCCAGCGGCGUGGGCCUCGCUCUGGCGGGCGGGAGCCGGGGCGGGGAGGACGCGGCGCGGGAUGCUCCGAGCGCCCGCCGGGGAGAGAAGCGGCGGCGGCGGCAACGCUGCGGGCGCGCCAGCUGGGGCGGGAGGAGGGGAGACCCGGCACCCACCGGCCCGGAGCUGCCCGACGCGGCUUGGGCGGACCCUGCCGGCCGGGUGCCUUGGCACCAUUCCAUGGCUCCGGGGUAAAGCAGUUCGCGCGGGGACAGGAGGACAUGUCAGGCACAGGUUAUUCCCCAUCACUAAAGCCACAGAGGACUGGUCCAGAUGCGGAUCCCGAUCUGUGCUUCUUCAGAGGAGAGGACGUGGACAUGGAUGCAGAAAGCGGAUUCUUCGCUACCUCCUCGCAACCCCAAGGCAGACACUGUAAGAGUCAAGGAUCUGUACCAUCUGGGCCAGAUGAAAGGAGACCCAGUGCUGCGUGCCAACAGCAUACUGAUUACACUACGUUAUGAAACAUCUCACUCUUUCCCUGUGAGGCUUCACUGAAAAGACUUCACAGACAGUACCAUAUGUCAGUGAGAGCUGCAGUAUCUAGUCAAGAGUUGGGAGAAGCAAGUGUUAAAGCUACCAAUUCCUCGUGUUUUAGUUUCAAAUCUGUACUCUACAAGUAAUAGGGAGAGUUGAAAUAAAAAUGCUUUUAUCUGUCACUUUUCGUAUCAUUUAAAAUUUUGACCGGCAGUCGAUAGUAAUGGAAUCAAGAUAUUCAAAGCAAUUUUAUGCUUCCUUCUGUCAUAAAUUAAAAUGUUUCAUUAACUAAACAAAUUCUCAAUGGCAUAAAUCAACCCACACUAAGUAAAUCAUAGUGAGAACCAAAGUGUAAUUCCAUAAAAGUGAUUAAGUGCUGGCAAGAUACAGUGAUAUAUAUCAUCUGCAGUAGGGAGACUGAUUAUUCAGUAUCUGUAUGUUGUAUUUUAGACUGGCUAAUUUCCUACAUGUUAGGUAUUUUCCUUGGAAAUAUUUAAGGAAAAACUAUAUAUCACAUGAAAGUUUAUAUUUUGGUUUUAUUUUGGAAUGUUUCUUAUCGGAGCCUCUUCAUUAGAGUAUACUUUGAAAUACGGUUAAUGGGUGCUUUAUGAAUUUGAAAACCUAUACUGUAAAAUAUAUUUACCCUAGGAUGGAAAUGACCUUGUCAGUAGAGUCAAAUAUUUCUAAAGUACAAGAUUUAUUCUUUCUGAUGUUAUGAACAAUAGAUUGCUUUCAAUUAUUCCUUUUAGAAACUCGUCUUUUGUCAUCUGAAUGAAGCAUGGCAAUUUUACAGAUUGUAUUUAAUAGCUUUUAAGAAACAUUGAUGUAAUUAUUAUAUGGAUAUAAAACAGACAAUCAAACAAUUAUAAACAACUUACUUGUGCAAUGCUCUGAGGAUGUUUAGUUCUGAUGUACUCAGACAACCCCACCACAAAAGCUACUACAACAACCUCUAAUCUUGCUUCCAUGUUUAACAUCAACAUUCUAUUCUUCACAGAACAAUGAAAGCAAUCAAGUAAAAAACGUGAAUCAGGUCAUAGUACUCACCAGCUCAAAACUUUCUAGUGAUUUUCCAUCAAAAUUAACACGAGACACAGAAUCUUCACAAUUUCCCCAAGACCCUUCCUCAUUUUGUCACUACCCCAGUCUCAUGCUUUCCUACUGUUUCAGCUCAUUGUGCUUCUUUUAUGCAGUCUUCAUUCCUGUUUUUCAAACCCAUCAAAAUGGCCCUCAUAACCCUUACCAGCCUAACUCACAAUUGAUAUGCUUCUUUCUCAUAGAUAUUCACAUUGCUAUCUCCCCUGUCCCACUGCAAUUUCUGUUGAAGUAUCAUCUUCUUAGACAGUUCUUAACCAUUUUACCUAAAUUAUUAGCCUCCAUCACACCUGAUAUCUGAAUAUCCUU